CGCGUGGAGGGAAGGCAGCGCGCACGCUCUACGGCAGGUGCGCGGGGUGGCGGUCAAGUUCAACCUGCCAGCCCCGGGCCCGCCGGUGCCAUGGAUGGCCUGCGCCAGCGCUUCGAGCGCUUUCUGGAACAGAGGAAUUUGGCCACCGAAGCGCUAGGGGCGCUCGAAGCCAAGACCGGUGUCGACAAGCGGUACUUGGCCGCGGGAGCCGCCACUCUGCUAAGCCUGUAUCUUCUGUUCGGGUACGGGGCGUCUCUGCUGUGCAAUCUCAUCGGCUUUGCAUACCCCGCAUAUGCUUCGAUCAAAGCUAUCGAGAGCCCAAGCAAAGAGGACGACACUGUGUGGCUCACCUACUGGGUGGUAUACGGCCUGUUUGGGCUGGCCGAGUUCUUCAGCGAUCUACUCCUGUCCUGGUUCCCUUUCUACUACGCGGGCAAGUGCGUCUUCCUGUUGUUCUGCAUGCUUCCCGGCCCCUGGAACGGGGCUCACAUGCUGUAUCAUCGCGUCAUACGUCCACUGUUUCUAAAGCAUCACGAGGCCGUGGACAGCAUCACGAGCGACCUCAGCGGGCGGGCCCUGGACGUGGCAGCCGGAAUAACGAGGGACAUCCUGCAGGCCCUGGCCCGCAGCCGGGCUCUCAUCACCCCGGCGGCUGCGGCAGUGGGCCCCUCACUGCCCUCGGAGCCGACUGUACGUAAUGCCCGCCCCUGGGAGGUAGGGAGGGCCCACACAUGUGUGCGCACGUGCGUGUGUGUGAGUGCCUGCACCUGCCUCUCUCCCUGCCAAGGCUGGCUGCUGGCCACUCAAGUGAAGCUGGCCCCCGGCAGUUCCCGGCAGCCUCUGUCCCAGUCUCCACCGGCUUAGCGCAGCCCUUGGGCCCCUGGACACAGCCAGACCCACCUCACUCACCCCCAGGGCGCUC